UCCCUCCGCGAAAUAAGUUCAAUCCCCAAGGUGUGAACGUACUUGUACAUAUUGUGCCUAGGUGCGAUACCUACGGUAGCCGUAGGUAACCUCACCUGCAGCCAUGGAACUUGAUAUAGCGCAGGCAAAGCAACCGGCACGUGCUAUCGAGCAGGUCACUGUCACGGAAAAUCACCGGUUUGUUUCUUGAACACGAACAGUGACCCCUUUUGGCACAACGCACCAUACCCCUAACCCUGAUGGAUUUGGCCCCCAAGUAGCAGCGUAGCCCUUUCCCCAGCUCGAGUCCUACCCGACUGAGUGACUCAACAACUGUUGCACACAGGCAGGCAUCACCGGGCACAUUUAGAGUCCUCAUAAUUUAUCAUGGAAAACAGUCCCAACUUUCGCAUCGCCGCUGAGCUUUACAGCGCACUUUCCCUUCCGGCAUCGACGGAUAAGGAACCCCACAGCAUCCGCUUGAUAACCCUCGAGCAAUCGACGGGAAAGUUCAAGAUCAGCUGUCGGCUCCGGGCAGUCCCUUUCGAGGAUGCCGCUACGAAUGGCUACUUUGCCCUGUCUUACGUAUGGGGAGAUGCAACCAUCACAGAGACCAUCGAGGUCAAUGGACUCCCAUUUCAGGCCACCGCUAACCUCGUCGCCGCCCUUCAAUGGUAUUCAACCUCCGAAUUGGCCAGCUACCCCAUCUGGGUCGAUGCCAUUUGCAUCAACCAGUGCGAUAUCCCCGAGCGCAACGCCCAGGUCCGCUUCAUGGGCAUGAUUUAUACCUGUGCCUGGGAGGCACUCUGUUUUCUCGGCCCCGAAGCAGACGCGUUGGACGCUGCAACAUUCCACCUCAUCAACGCCCUCGCUCAGGAUCUGAAGGACCCGGAUAUGCUGGGUGAAGAUCCACCGCUGACGCCGCUCAAGGACCCUGUCUACUCCGUUCUGAUUAGCCGUCUCAACAACAUACCCCUCCUGCGGACGCCGGUUCUAUACGACAGAGUCUACUGGACGCGUCUCUGGACGUUCCAGGAAGUCGUUCUCGCGCCGGCGGCAAGACUGAUUGCUGGUGCCUGCACAUGCUACUUUCAGGACCUGGAGGAAAUCUUGCAUUGGGUCCACACCGAACCCAGAGAGACCCUAAUCCGGCGGGGAAAGACUCCCGACGGAGUGUCGACGGACGUUUGGAACUUUAUCUCGGAGCUAUACUUUGACGUGACUGCCUACUGGACCACCGAUGUUUCGCAGACUCGCCAAGACCUGCGAGCCAGAAACUUGACGGAGGAUAAGUUGCGCAAUGCCGCUGUCGCUCGGACCGUGGCAAGGGGCUGCUACGACCCGAGAGACAAGCUUUACGGCCUCGCCGGCAUCAUUGACAUUGGUAUCGAGGUCGACUAUGCAGUUUCUGUCGCCACGGUAUACACGAGAUUUGCCUCGGACAUCGUUUCCAAGUCUGACGAUCUCUACUUCAUUUUUGGCUUCGUCGUCAACGGCCAGCUGGACUCAAAGUUCGGCUUGCCCUCGUGGGUUCCCAACUACACUUCUCCCCGGUACUUCCAUCCGUUCCGUCUGGGAGCUUCCGCAAACCUGAACGCGCCAUCCACCGCCAAGCAGGUCACCAUCAACGGCAAUCUUCUUCGACUCUGGGGCGUAACCGUCGACGUGGUCAGCGACGUGAUGCCAGCAGAGUCUGGGCCCGAGGCUACUUUUCCUCCCAACAAUGAGUGGACGCGCUCUCGCACCGCCGGCGUUGCUCAGUUUCUUCUCCGUCGCAAUGCUCGGACGAUUCUGAGUGAGACGUUGACUGAGCCAGGCGGCCAGCUCCUCUACCGGACGGGAACUCCCCUGUUGCAAGCUGUGCUACGCUUGAUAGGCGAUGACAUUUUCACGCGGUUUGGCAUGUUUUCGACCGCACCCCACUCGGUUAUUAGGCCAGAAACGCUUCCCAUGUUGGUCGAUUCUCUGAUCUCGUCGGACCCCUCGGUCGGGCAAGACAUGGCACAGCUGUGGCUCGAUCGGGAUCCUGUCGACGAAUGCAAAGUCAAGGACACCCUCUCUAGCGUUCUCGACCCGCUACGCACUGAAUCUCCUCGGACAGAAGAUGUCAUCCGAGCCGCGAGUGCUGCCUAUGAUCCACAGGUUCUCUCCCAGAGAUUGGGGCAAUUUCCCUUUGUUCAGAGCGACUUGACGGUUCCCUUUCACACUGAGACCGGGUACAUAGGGUAUGGGUUACGGGGCGUGCAGCAAGGUGAUGUUGUAACGGUGAUCGGGUCGUGCUCCAUGCCUGUGAUCUUGCGAAAGGCCGCCGACGGGAGCGACCGCUAUACCCUUGUCUCAAUGUGCCACGUUAUCGGCCUUAGGUCCGGGGAAGCGUGGAAGGGUGAUCGCAGUGUGAAUUUACAGGAGUUCAACAUUGUAUAAUGCCUCAAGUUCCCAACUUCCAAGAGUUCAAUCGAAACCAAAACAGAAUAAAGCAAGCCGAAGAAUUUGUGCACAAACAAAAAGCUUGUCUCUCAUAAGAGCCCGAUGGGAAAUACAUCAACCCCUCCAAGAGCCUACAAGGGGACCAAUAUUGAACUGCGUCGCCGUCAUGGAAGUUCUGGGAGAGCUUACUAGGUGGAGAUGAAGCGAAAUUUGCUGGAUUCUGG